CAGAACUCGCGAAGAACGCCUCCGCAACGUGGCUGCUCCAAUUCCACGUCGUAAAUAAUGCGUCUCUCCUCACUACUUCGUCAAAAAUCAACAGUAAAUGCUAUCGAUUUGGGUCAGAUCUCGUAUGGUGCCGCAUUGAAAGAACAACAAAAAUAUGUAGAUUUGGUUAAAGCGAAUAAAUCUGAAACACAUUCUUUAAAUUUUAUAUUGGCUCUCGAACACACACCGGUUUAUACAGUGGGCAUUCGAAGUAAAGGUUAUACAAAAGAAGAAGAGACAAGGUUGAUGAGACUUGGUGCAGAAUUUCAUAGAACAUCUCGUGGAGGGCUCAUCACUUUUCAUGGACCUGGGCAACUUGUUCUAUAUCCAAUUUGCGAUGUUCGCAGAAUUUCAAUCAAGCAACUAGGUGUUAGGCAUUUUGUGGACAAGUUAGAGCAAACGAUUAUAGAUGCAGCGACAGAGGGAUUUGGAAUCAAAAAUGUUGGCCGAACUGCGAAUACAGGUGUAUGGGUAUCCAAUGAACGUAAACUCGCUGCAAUUGGAAUUGCUGUCUCUGGUGGAGUAUCGUAUCACGGGAUCGCAAUAAAUUGUAACACUGACCUUAGAUGGUUCGAUAAUAUUGUUGGAUGUGGUAUCGAAGGAGUCUCCACUACUUCCUUAUCCCAGGAAACAUCCCGAAAUGUGACCGUUUCUGAUGCUCGUCCUAUUCUUCUGAACGCUUUUGCCAAUAACUUUGAAUGCCUUCUCAAUGAACCCAAUGAUUAUUCGACAUGUUCCAAUUUAAAAAUUACGAAUGUUGUUUCUAGUUAACUUCAUCUCCUUCCAUUAGUUUUUAGUUUUUAGUUCUAGAUUUUUCAAUUUUUAUUAGAAUUUUAUAGAAAUUACCAAAUCGCCAUUGUUCUUUGUUCAUUUAAUUGUUUGUACUCCCUACUCAAUUCGCUACUCAAAUUUUGGUCGUUGUUGUUCCCAAUUGUCACCCUAAAAAUGCAAUUUUUGAAACAUUUGUCCAUAUUGUCCCAAGAGACUUCCUAAUGAGAAGGGCGAAUGCGACGAAGACGAAGAAAAAGAAGGAGAAUAGAGCGACGUGUUUAUUUGA